AUGGAAUCAUUAGACCUUUCUCAAAACCAAUUGUCGGGAAAGAUUCCUCAGCAACUAGUAGAGCUAAAAUUCCUCCAAAAGUUUGAUGUCUCUUAUAACAAUCUCACAGGUCCUAUACCACAGGAGAACCAGUUCCACACGUUCGAGAAUACCUCAUUUGAGGGUAAUCAAGGACUGUGUGGAGAUCAAUUGUCGAAGAAAUGUGAAAACUGGCUGCUCCCACCAUCAUCUGCUUUAAAUAAAGAUGCUGAUUCUAAUUUUUCCAUUGAACUAGACUGGAAAUUCGCUUUGGCUGGACUUGUUAGUGGGCUUGUUAUUGGACUCUCUCUUGGGGAGAUGGUGAUCCCAAGGACGCGGUUGGCGUGGUUGAUUUACUUCUCUAGAACAAGAUUGGCGGAGCUGAUGAUCAGAAACUAA